AUGACAUAUAUUACGUACUUAUUAAGUAUACUUUUUGUUUUAGGUUUUGUGGGAUUUUCUUCAAAGCCUUCUCCUAUUUAUGGAGGUUUAGGGUUAAUUAUUAGUGGGGGAAUUGGAUGUGGGGUUGUGUUAUAUUUUGGGGGAUCUUUUUUAGGUUUAAUAGUGUUUUUAAUUUAUUUAGGGGGAAUAUUGGUGGUGUUUGGUUAUACUACGGCUAUAGCGACGGAGGAAUACCCAGAAACGUGAGGAUCGAAUGUAGUUGUUUGAGGAGUUUUGUUGUUGGGAUUUUUAGCGGAGUUUUCAAUUAUUAUGCUCGUAAUUUUAUAUGAUGAGGUAGAGAUUGUAAUUGAGUUUAAGGAUUUAGAGAAUUGGGUGGUAUUUGAAGGGGAUGAGUUGGGGUUAAUUCGUGAAGAUUCAAUAGGGGUAGCAGCUAUGUACAGUUAUGGAAGUUGAUUAAUGGUUGUAGCUGGUUGAUCAUUAUUUGUUAGUAUUUUUAUUGUCAUUGAAAUUACACGUGGAAAUAGA